UUUUUAGUUCGUUGGCUCUCAGCAUUCAGAUCGCAAAAAAAAAACAAAAAUAAAAAUAAAUUUUAAUUUUAUCAAAUUUUGCCUAAAUUCGAAGUGAGUGAUUUUCGAGUUGAUUACGGUUUUUUUUUUGAAGGACUCGGCACUGAACGAUCGAAAUGAACAUGAACUAUAACAUUCCUUACGAAGCUAACUAUACUGAUGAUAUGGUGGGCAUGCAGCCACUGGGUAUGCCAGGCAUGUCGGGCGUGCCUGGCAUGGCAGUUCCGGCUGGGUCCAUGCCGAUGAGCAUGCCAAUGGGAAUGGCCGGAGCGGGCAUGAAUCAGAUGCAAUUACCACUGGCAACCAUGCCGGCCAUGGCGAUGCCAAUGUCUACGGCUGGUCAGAUGCCCUAUCCGAUGCAAAGGGCUGCACUGCCAUCGCAGCCAAUGGGUAUGAUGUCAUCGAUGCAACCGGCUCAAGGCAGUCAGCUGGCGAUGUCGAUGUCGCAGCUGCCGCCUGGGGCAGUAACGCCCUUGAACAGUGUGUCUGUGAUGCCAGUGAUGGGCAGCGGGGGCGCCAUUGAUGGCUCUGGCAUGAAUGUCGUUGUGCCCGAUCUGCAGCCGCUUUCGGCUAUGUCUCAGAUGGGCUCAAACAGUCAAAUGCCACACCUGCAGCAUGGCCGGUUGGCAGGCGGCGCGGCAGCGUCGAACAGCAAUUGGAUGCAGAGUCCGAAUGCCGCCCAAAUGAUGCCAAACCAAAUGUGGAACUACGCUCAAGCAUAUUCAAAUUUGCAGCAGCAACAGCAGCAGCAGCAGCAGCAGCAGCAACAGCAGGCCGCCCAGCAACAUCAGCAAAUGCAGCAACAUCAGCAACAGCAACAGCAGCAGGAUCAGCAGCAGCAGCAACAACAGCAUAAUCGUAUGAAAGCCCAUUACGAUUAUUCCAACAGCAAUAGCUUUAGGGAGACUCGAAACGGAUUAAACUCACCCGCAAUGUAUGAUUCGCUACGACUCAGGAGUAGCAGUGGAUACAUAGGAAAAAAGGUCCCACAAUGGCGCUGAUCUUUGGUUUUGUCUGAUUCAACGAUCAUACAUAUAUAUAUAUAUCAUUUGUAGUUGCCCAAUGUUGUUCACAUCAUACACAUAACGUUCAAUCGACCUUUGCCAGUUGUCAAAAUUGUCCUCAAUGUGUAAUCGACAAUUUGAAUAGCGUGUGGACUUGCUCUCAAACCAAGCUAACUUACACGUUUUGCAAAGUUCGUCUAUUCUACAAUGAAUUAUUUGCAGGUAUCUUUCAUGAACAAAUAUAUUGUAUUCUGAAAAAGCGA